AUGUCAGGAAGGAACAAUCGUCCUCCCAUUAAUGCUGAAUUGGCUGAACGGCUUCAGCAACUCACAGAACUGACCCAAACCUUAGGAGCGGCUUUGUUGAACAACAACAACAACAACAACAACAAUGGAAACAACAAUCCUGACUAUGCUAAGAAAGUCGCCAGUAGAAACCCACCUUACUUCCAAGGUGAAGAGGACCCUAGUAUCCUAGAAAACUGGAUCUGUGAAUUUGAUAAACUAUUUGAGGCUAUAGGGUGCCCUGAGGAAGAGAGAAUCCCUUCUGCAACCUAUUAUCUUAAGGGAGAAGCUGAUAUUUGGUGGUCCACCUCCCGAGCUGACCUAGUUGUUGAACCUGGAUUUAACUGGGAGGCCUUUAAGGAUGCUAUGAGGGAUAGGUUUUACCCUGAACAUGUGAAAAUGCAAAAAUUCGAUGAGUUUGCUGACCUUAGGCAGAGAAACAUGUCUGUCCAAGAGUAUCAUUCUAAGUUCCUAGAGCUAGCCAGGUUUGCACCUACUAUGGUCCCUGAUGAGAGAGCUAAGGCCAACAAAUUCAUUCGAGGUUUGAACUUUGACACCCAGAAGGUUGUGAUUGUUUUGGGAUGCCGAACCUUGCAAGAAGCUUAUGUUAGCGCAGCGAGUCACUACAGAGUUGAGAAACUGGAGGAGGAAAUCAAGUCUAGGGGUAAGAGAAAGGAAGGAGAUUCGAGGAACAUCAAUCAGAGUGGGGGAAAUUCUGGAGGCUAUGGGGAUAAGAGGCCUAGGUACAACAAUGGUAAUCAAGGUCCGGGUGGAGGAUACCAUGGAAAUAACAACAAUUAUCGAGGAAACAAUGGAGGGAAACCCCAAAACCAAGGGCAGAACCAGAAGUAUGGGAAUGGGAACGGAAAAAGGAAUGAGAGAUACUACUAUUGCAAACAGUGUAGGAAGGACCACCCAGGGGUUGAUUGUAAGGGGAAUGCUGUGCAGUGCUUUGGUUGCAAGAAGAUGGGACAUCGUGAGUUUGAGUGCUAUGCUAAGAAAAAUGGGGGUCAACAACAACAAGGGAGGCAGAACAAUUUCAGGAAUAACAACAAUCAAGGUAACCCUUCAGGGAGCCAAUCUGCUCAAAAUGGCCCUAACAAGACCUUGUCUACCCCGAAUAGCAGCAAUGGGAAUGUGAAUGGUGGCAACAAGGGGAGGAUAUUGUGA